AUGACUCAUGUAGCAUCUACUGGAACAACACCAACAACACCUGCUAAAAAAUUCACUACAACACCGGCUCUUUCUUCAAUAUCAACAACUAUUACAAUGAAAACAACUAAGCUUUCCUCAGGAGCAACUUCUGAAACAUCGAAACCAUCUAAUACAGAAACAAAUAAAACCAGAUCACUGGAUUCAUGGACAUCAGUACAAACAACAAGUACAACGUCAGCAAAGGAGAAAUCUGACAAAAAUAUCAAAACACCGACUGCAACAUCUGUUGUAAAAAACACUACAAAAAUUGCUCAUUCCUCAACAUCAGUACCUAUUACAAUGAGAACAACUUCAGCAACUCCUAUAAUGGAGCCGCCUAAUAUAGAAGCAAAUAAAAUUGCGUCACUAGAUGCGUCGCUGUUGGAAGAAACUACAAGUAAGGAUCCAGUAAAGAAGGAACCUGACAAAGCGUUUGAAAAUAGAGCUGAUUUACCUGCGCCGAUGAAUACUCCAAUGAGCACCGCUGUGCUGAGUUUUCAGAGCGAUGACCCCAUGGACUCUACAGAUGUAAUACAAGCGAUAGUAAAAAAGGUUUGUUCCAUGUUUCCACCAGGCAGCCCCAAAGGAGAUAUAACACUGACUUGGGGUCAAGACAGGACAUCGGUGAACUGCGCCUCCGUGAUGUGAAACGUUUCUUAACGUGACUCCAUCUGUCAACAGAAAUUCAUCUGCCGACUACAGGAGGCAACACUGAAUGGGGCAGGCGCUAGGACAGUGCUUUGGCUUUAAAACACAGUCAAGUUUCAAUCCAAGUUAUUGUUAUAUAAAUGAUUGUGUUAGGCAUUCCAGUGACACGUAUGAACCAUCUCCUGUGAUCUGGGAAGAUACAUGGGAGUUUGGUUCAUUGAUCAGACCAGAGGACGGAAUCUUUGCUGGAUUUGCGUCAGGGUUUAAGUAAAUAAAAGUUUGUUCCAAUACUCCAGAGAGCAGGUUGCACUUUAUAAAAUCUAAGAUACAUGGAUGCAGAAUGAUAAGGAUGGAUCUGCCAUGUGGUUUUGCUUCUGAAGUAUGGGCCAAUCCAUGGUAGAUUCCAAUAUCUAAAAUAAGCACUUAUGUGAGACUUUACUUAUUUAGUAUAAAUGGGCCCAUUAAUAGAUAACAGAACAUUAAUAAAACAUCCCCCAUAAAAAGUCCAGUUGAUUCAAUGAUGUCCAAAGGUGCUCAUAUAAAAGGCAGAUUUAAGCUAUCGAUUCAGGUCCUUUAGACCGACUCAGUAGCUUAGCCCAUGUAUGGGGCCCUUCGAAAGGCCUCCCCAAUCGAUAUCUGU